AUGCUGCGGGUGGCAUUGUCACCGCUGCUUUCUCCUGCAGUGGAGACUUCGCGUCUGCUCAUCACUAGCAUUCCUUCAGCGGUCACCGUGCAAUCUCGAGGAAGACGUCGUACUUUAACGCCUGCUCCGUGGAACCACGUCGUUAGUGUGAUUUCUCCUGAGGAAUGGUAUCGUAGAAGUCUUAUUGGAAAACGGAAAGCAUUCAACAGAGAGGGACCCAUGUGGAAGGUAACAGUUGGGGCAGUGGACUACAAUGUGGACCGAUUUUCUCAUGCUUACAGAAACCAGUUCGUUCGGGCUGGUGUCCCAGUUAAAAAAUAUCUUGGUUCAUUCCUGGUAAUUUUUAUUUAUUUCUGCUUUGAUUUUUUAAAUGAAAGACUUUCAAGCUUCUUUCUUUGA